UAUAAUACUCCGUGAGGAGAGUUGUAGCUGUGUUUGCUUUCAUAAGGAAUUGCCAGGGUGUCUUCUCUUCCUGUGUGGGGUUUGCAUUCUCCCUGUCAGCAAAUGCUGUGUCCUUGCUGGUGCUUAGCGUGGUCAGCAUUGUGGGCUUGGGCCACUCUGAGCUGUGCUGUCUUCAGGUGGGUACACGAGUGAACACAGCUUCAGGUACAUGCUUGCCUGAGUACAUCUCUGGUGAGGUACCCAGGACUUGCGAUCAGUUUUAAAUUAGACUGUUUUCCUGGCAAUGCUCUUUUUAGAGUUUUAUAGAUGUGUUUGAAAGAUAAGCAUUAUUUAUUAUGUUUUACAAGUAUUUUUGACUUGUUUGUGGUGUGUCUUCUUACUCCAUCCACAGUGUCUUUCAGAGAAAAUGUUUAAUUUUAAUGACGUCCAUCUUUUCUAUUACUUCUUCCUAGACAAUGCCUUUCACAUUGUAACUACAGUGUCAAGGCUAUCUGCUUCGGUUUUCCGUGUGUGUCUGUGUCUACUUUAAGAUAACUUUUGGAAAGGGUGUAAGGUCCGUGCGUGAUGAUGUCGAUGCCGAUGCAGAGGCCCAGGUGUGAUGGAGACGAAUAUUGCUCCAUUAGAUUUUCUUUGCAUCUCUGUCAAAGACUGCAUUUACAUGGGUCUGUUUCUGAGCCCUCAGCCCUGUUGCAUUUAUCUGUUCCCUAACCGCUCUCCUGGUUGCUGUACCUCUGUGAAAGGUUUACGGUGGGACAGUGCAGUCUCCAUGGUGUUCUUUAGUGUUAUACUGGCUGUUCCAUGCCUUCUGCCUCCCAUCUCAGUGUUGGAGCAUUUGUCACUGUCUGCAGAGUAACGGCUGGGAUUGUGUUUCCAACUGUGUUGCACAUUUUGCUUCUGCCCUGCCUUCCCAUUUUUAGAAUUUUAGAAUUCUUUUACUACAUACUCAGCCCAUGGAUAGUAAUUCAAAAGAAAGUGCAGUAAUGAAAGCCUACACAAGAGAUAGGAAUGUUCAGUUUUUAAGGCGGCUGCCAUUAAUAUUUAGCAGUGUCCUUAGUAAAUUGGAAAAAGUGAUUUUGGCAAUGAAACACAUGUAAUCAUUUAAGUUUCUUAACUGAACACUAGAGGGCCAUAGAGCACUUUGUUAGUGGUGCUGUUUUCAUGUAUUUAAAUAUAUUAGUGUCUCUCUAUUAUUUCUUGCCCCAAUUUAGAAUAAGUAUUAAGGGAAGUUGUAUAUAUUGACAUAUAAUAUUUUUGUGUUUUUUAAAUCAAGAAACUAGCAUAUUCUUAUUUUGGCAUUUAGUAACAAAAAGAUAGCCAUGUAUCUUGUACAUAUGUACAAACUCACUUUCUUUGCAAGGAUGAGUACAUUUUUGAAAAAUUCUUAAGAAUUAACAUCUAAAAAAGAAUUAACACAAUCUUCAAUCAGAAGACCUCCCAUGACCAAUGAUGCCCUGGGCUUCCUCAGCAUAUGUGCAAAGAAGAGCAGGUCCCUGGUGCGUUAGCACUAAUGUGGAUUGAGGGCACCAAGUCAUCUUGAAGAAAAGAGUCUUGACCAGUUCUCUUUGUUUGGUGGUGGUGGCGAACCACAGCGUCUAGGCCCUAGCUAAGUAGUGUGACUGUGAGGAGGAUCAGGAACAGUUUAGAAUAUGGGUGACUACUUCUUAAAGUUCAGAAUCCUGGGAGAUUGUCACUUCUCGCCUCUGUUUAUGUGAUAGAACACUAGAACACUUCUCACUUUUGAUUUCUGUAUUCUGGGGGGCAUGAGACCUUCUCACUAGUCAGUGUUCACACUGUUUUAAAGAACUGGGCAAGGAUCGUGACCAGGAGAAGCACCUGAGCUACAACUGUGAACGUGGGGACAGAGGGCGGGACUCUGAUACGACCAAAGGAAAAGCACCACGUCCCUGAGCUGCUCCGGCUGAGCUGUCAUUUACUAUUAAGCCACUUUUGGUUUGGCAAUGUAAAUUUUGGGGCAGGUUAGUCCCUGUUCAUAUCGAUGGCUGUUAUGGUCCGCUGUUGAUAAGCAGUGUUGUCUCCUGAUGUGGUUAUGGUUGGUGUGCUCUCACGGGCACUCGCCGCUUCGUCUGUUGCUCUGCAGAAUACACAUAUUCCUAUGUCUGGCAGAGUAAUGUGAGUUUUCAGUGACUGGACGCCUUUUGCUUGUGAUGAAAUUAGUCAUCUAUUAUGUUGGUGAAAGUAAAAUGCUUAAAUGGCUAAAAACAUAAGCCAGAUAAGAAGAAGGGUUGGUACCUGAUGUGAGAAGUGUUUGUAGUGCUGCUCUGUCUCAGAGCAGGCCAUACUGCACGCUGCCCAGGCACUGGGGACGCCAGGCUUGCUUUCUUAAGCAUGUCGUUUUCACAUGGUAUCUUGUGAUUUCUUAAUGUGCUGCAUGCUCCUUUCUGUGGCUUUGUUUUCUAAUGAAUCGUCUUCAUUCUAGAUCAUAUGCAGGAAAAGUGGGUGUUCUCACUCAUUGCAAAAUCAAAAUAGUUUCGUCCAACAAAUAGGUAUUAAUAGCAGUUGAGUGCCACAACUGUAUUAUAUGGGCUGUUUUCCUUUUGAAUUAGAUUAUCUUCAGAUGUUAAACUUCCAAGUGAUCUAAUUUCUUCAUCAACAUGAUCAUCAAUGUUUUUAUUUUUAUGUAUGUGAGUGUUUGGCCUGGUGCCUAAGAGGCUAGAGAGGGUGUCACAUCUGAAACUGGAGUUAUAGAUGAUCAUGAGGCAUCAUGUGUGUGUUGGGAUUGGAUUCAGGUCCUCUAGAAGGGCAAUUAGUGCUCUUAACCACUAAAAUAUCUCUCCAGCCUGCAGGGGAUCCCAUUUAAAGGAAAUAUGUAUUCUAACUUGCACAAGGAGUCUGAGGUGGUCUGUAUUUAGGAGUAGCAUGAUAAAAUGGAUCAUAUGUGAGAACCAGUGCCAGUGGAAACACUGCAGUAGAAGUGAGGCUGAGGACAGAAGAGGACUGGUGGAACAAGCUACAGUGAGUUGAGGUAAGCUGAUAAAAGCGUAUAGGUUGGGCAUUCCUGAAGUUGAGUCCCAGGAGUCUUCAAAGUGUGAUCCUGAACUAACACCACCACAGACAUCUGGAGGGCUAAUUAGAAGUGCAGGUCAGCAAAGUCUACCCCAGAACUACUUAGCCAAACUCUAGGGCUGGAGUAUGCAUUUUAAGUGAGCUGUCCUAAAGUCUGUAGUACACUGGUCCAUAGACUGGUGCCUCUCUUGUGAUAAAACAGGAGUUCUGUGUCUGUUCUCUCUGUAUCUCCUUCUCACUUACUUGGUUUCACGAGUACCUUAGCAGAUUGUACCCUUGGAUGUAUAACAAGUGCAUUACGGUGCACAAGUAGCAGGAGACACUGAUCUUUACAGUUAGAUAGCUAGUCAAGGCCAGCCUGUUAACUCUCUGGGGUUAUUAAGGAUGGUGGUAGUACCUAUCGCAUAGUAUUACUGAGAGUGUUUAUUGAGGCCUGAAAGGUAGCCAGGACAAGUACAAGAGUCUUCAGCAACUAUUAGCUGAUUAUGCUUCAUAAUGUCAUUAUUUCAAAGUUAUAAGUUUGUGCUAAAGCUAGCUUGAUGACAUGUCAUGCAAAGCGUUGUUGGUUUUUUUUUCUUUUUUCUUUUUUUUUUUUUUUGGUUCUUUUUUUCGGAGCUGGGGACCGAACCCAGGGCCUUGCGCUUCCUAGGUAAGCGCUCUACCACUGAGCUAAAUCCCCAACCCCGCGUUGUUGGUUUCUAAGAGGUUGUCUGGUGAAUUGAAACUAUUCCACUGACUUCUGCCUAAAUGAUUAUGGCAUUUAAGUUGAAGUUGACCUGUGGGCUAUUUAAGUUUAGUUAGUACUAACUGUAAAGUACUCUUUCUGUAAUUAAUUGCUUAAUGAUGAAACUACAAGGAAUUUGGAACGUAAAAGAAAGUAUUGAUGAACUUGGGGCCGACUGGAGAUGUUGAGGAGAGAUGAGAGCCCAGGUUUUAUUCCUGCAGUGGCUGGGAGGAGGGUUCACACCCGCAGGAUCUGUUCUGCUGUCAUGCUGGAGAAUGCCUAAAUGUCAUACUUCUUUUCUUUACUUGUACCUGUCAACUACCGUGUGGUCAGUUGACUAUUCAUGAAAUAAAGUUGAAAGUGUGAUGAUGGGAAACCUAAAAGUGAGCUCAUUUUAUUCUUAUAUUAAAGUAACUCAGAUGAAAUCCAAACCAUGACAUUUUCUAUCAUUUUAUAUUUUAUUUUGAAGAAUAGCCGAAGUCUUGGCUAAACUGAUUGAUUUUUUUUUUUAUAGUUAUCAAAGUGGGAAAUGGUUACCAAAUAUUCUCCACCCUCAGCUUAGCAGCUCAUCUUUUUGUCUUGGAUCACCUUUUGUCCUUUCCACUGUGGUUAAAAAUUGAAAUUAACACUCUUUGGAAAGCCACCUAGGUGCCAUAUUAUAAUGAGGACUCUAUAGGUGCCAUUUCACAGCGAAGGCUUUGCAGGAACCGGUCACAGAGAAGCAGUGUACUGGGUGCCCUUUGUUUUAUGUAUAUUUUGUUAUCUGCUGGCGGGCACACUGCACAUUCAGGAUGCUUGUCAAGUCAGAGUGCAGCAUGAGGUGAAGCAGUGGGCCUGAGUCGGAAGGCUGGCUUGUCACUUUCCCAUCAUGCAGUCUCAGGGCUUAUCCAGAUUGCCCCUCUUACCUGAGCUGCCUUGAGCUUUGUGCUGUGAGCACAGGUCACUUGGAAACAGCACUUCAGUGUGAAAAGCUAGCUGAGCUUUUUAUUAAUGACAGCCUAAGUGGUCACAGGAUGUUCCUUUAAUAAAAAUGUCUGCCCCCCUCUUUUUUUUUUUAUGUGAAGAGGAUAUGGACUACACCCUUCAGAAUAAGCAGUAUUAGGGUCCUACUGUGAAAGGGGAUCUUUUCCUGAAGACAGGAGUACCAUAGUGAUCAUCUUUGACAGAGUCUGUGCUGAAGGAUGUGGUAGCGUCUGUGCUCUCCUUCUGAGGAUGUAUAUGCUGUACGAUGUUGAUCUGCGGUCUCCUUCCUGCUUGCCUUUUCUUAGGUAGAGGCUGGAGAUGGAUAGCCGGGGUCUUCAUUCCUCUCCAUCUCAGGCCUCUCACUGCACCUGAGGUUUGCUAGACUGGCCAGCCAGCAAGCCUUGAGGAUCCUUCCUUUCCUCUCCACCUGGGCACUCAGGUUUUAGAUGCUGUGCCCACCAGGUCUGUAAAUGUAAGCAUGGGAGUUGGGGGUUGAAUUUGAGGCCCCCAUGUUCGCAUAGCGAGUGCUCACCCCACUGAGCUACAUCUCCACAGCCUCUCACUUCUUAACUCUCAGGAUCUUCCCACACGGGCACAUUUGGGAUCAUAGCAGUUGAGUUAAUUUAUCCUUUUCUGAUAGCUAGUUAGUGUCUUAUUUAUUGAAGAAACGAAAACUCAGAUGUCCGCUGUACAGUUAAUGUUGAGAUUCAUGAGACUGUGAGUUUCCCCAGGGAUGAAAGCCUACAUUUGAUUGUAUGUUUAAACUGUUUUAUUUAGAGUAAAUAUUUCUAUACUAAUUUUUUUAUUUAACUUAUAUUUUAAAGGUGUGUACACACAUCUUCCCCUCUCGCCUCCCUGCAAGCACCAAGUAGUGUGAUUUCCAGGUUUGCAAACAAUCUUUAGGACUUUUGCAGGAGAAAUAGCUGAAAGGUUGAUGAGUUAUUUGUGCUAAAACUUGCUUAUAAAAGUAAUUUAAAUGACAGACUUUUAAGUGUUUAUUUUGAAAACUGUGGAAGAUAAAGUUACUUGAGGCUCUUUGUCGUCACACGGGGUUGGAAUUCUUGCAUGAUUGAAAUACCUGUAAUUACAACGCCAUUUUUGUCAUAGCUGACUUAAAGGUAUAGCUAUAUUAGUCACUAGCUGAAUUCUUGGUGAGCAGCUGUGUAAGGCCAGUUUAACAGCUGGGGUAGCCCGGCGUGGAGCAUGCGAAUUCAACUUAGUCACGAAGUAAAGUGUGUUGUAGACACAGAGGACGUCAUCAGGGCACUGAUGAGACACUUGGAAAACUUAAUCUGAACGUGGGACUUCAGGUUAUAAUCUCGAAUAGUUCCUUAAAUGCCUGGUAAAAGAGUGGGAAUUUUGUUUUGAAGUAAAUAGUUCAUAGACACAAAUAUAGGAUUUAAUUUCAAAGCCUACAUUUAAAAAUACAGCUGUCAUCUGUCUAUACACUUUGUAUGUCAUUGCCUGAGUCAUUAUGGUGGACAGGAGAAGAAAAUAAAAAUAUAUAAUUUAUUGUAGUGUUAAUUUCUUGAAUUUCAUCUUUUGGUCCAUUUUUAAAACCUUUCAUUAAAUCUAUAUCUUCUUUCCAGUUAAAAUAUUUUCAACUACACUAUCUAACACAUUGUCACAGUUUUUAAAGAGUAUACACUACCAAGUUGAAGCAGUGAGUUUUGUUUACAUGUAUUCUAUUUUAAAGCUCCUAAAGAUCACAUUCACUCAUUUAUUUAUUUAUUUAUUCAUAUUUAUAUGAGGAGGGGGCAUACGCAUGAAGGUCAUAGGACAACCUUUAAGAGUUGCUUCUUUCCUACCAUCCCGGUUCUAGGGAUCAAACCCAGGUCGUCAGGUUUGGCAGCAAGCACCUUUCUGUACUAAACCAUGUUGUGGGCCUUGGAUAUUUUUUGUAAGCUUUACUAACUUGUGAUAAGAGAAGGCUCACUAAACUGAUAAUCCAGCAUUGUGAGACAUGUGCACAAGACUAAUAAAGCUACAGCAUGCACUCCAGAGUACAGAAUCUUCCCUCGCAGUGUCCCAUACUCCUGCUGCGGGAAUCAAGUGUGGAGUAAGCAGCCAGCCUAGGGUUUCCCAGCUCAUGGUGGCACUGAACCUAGAAUCUCAAGUUUACCUCAUGUUCUACGUGUGCUGUGCCGUUGGCCCUUCCUAAUACUAUGACCCUUUAAUAUAGUUCCCUGUGCUGCCGUGACUCCCAAAUGGGAAUAAAAUUAUUCCCAUUGCUACUUAGCAGCUAUAAUUUUGCUACUGUUACAAAUCCUAAUGGCAAUCUGUGAUGGUCUUAGGCGACCCCUGUGAGUUUGUGAAUUUGUAGAAUAUACUAUACACUCUGUUCUGUUUCAGAAGCCAAGCUACUGUCUGCUCAUGUUGUUAGUGGAUACGGUCUGUCCUUUGUGCUUAGAUGUGGAAACAUACCAGGGAAGAUCAUUAGGAUAUCACAGUAUUGCUAGUACACUAGUAAUGGUGGGAUGCCCUAGUAACUGUAACUGGGAAUUGUGAGCUUAUUGACAAGCACUCUGAGCAUUUGAAUGUUGUGUCAAAUUUCUUUAGAAAUCACUUUGAACUCCCCACCCCCUCACUCCCACCCCUGCUUUUAGUUUUUCAAGACAUGGUUUCACUGUGUUAGCUCUGGCUAUCUUGGAACACACUCUGUAGACCAGGCUGGCCUGCAACUCAAACAGAUCCUCCUGCUUCUGCCUCCCAUGUGCUGGGAUUAAAGAUGUGUGUCACUAUUGCCCGGCCUGGACUUUAAAUUUUAUAUAACAGUUCUUCCAUUUGACUUCAUUUCAUGAAUACUAAAGGUAUAGGGGCUACAGCACAUAGUUACAUUUUAAUUUUAUGCUGAACUGUUUUUUUCUACAGUUGAAAUAUUAUUAAUACAAGCAGACGAUUUAUUGGUUCGUGUCUGUUGCCUGCUUGUUUCAGUUUCUCCAUUUUCAUUCAUAAAUUUCUUAUUGGACAGUAGUUUGAGAGUCCCAUCUCUUUGGCACUAGGCUAUGAAAGAUGGAAAAUUGAUUCAGCACAGGUUGACAGUACUAUGUUCUGUAUUGGAAAAGUAGUCUGAUUUAUUUCACUUUAGUAGUGCUAUUAAUUUUAAGUAUCUAUAAUGUCCUGUUUCACCAAGAACACGGUGGUAUUGAUAAGAGUGGCUUAAGUUCACAGAAGCAUUGAAUAGUACUGAGAUCCAGUAGCAUGUGUUAGUACUUUUCUCAUUGGAAGAAAAUGUGAAAACUUAUUAUCAGUUUCUUAAGGCUGGUGCCUUGCAUGUAUAAGCCGAGGCAAGAGGAUCCUUGGAGAGAAGAUUGCUUGAGUCCUGGAAUUUGAGGCUCGCCUGGGCAGUGUUAAGAAACCAGCUUCCUGUGUUACUGUACGCUGUCCACCAUGCCCUUCAUGGAUUGUGGUUUUCUUGUGUACUUAAGCUGGCUCCAGCUUACUGUCAGAGGUUGUGAUGCUGUACACUGUCCAGGUUGGCUGUCCUUCGUUGAUCAGGGGUUUCUUGUGUAUUUGAUGUCAGUGGCUGUGAUUCUCUACCCUGUCCAGGCUGUCCUUCGUUGAUCAGGGGUUUCUUGUGUAUUUGAAGGUUUGACAUUUUUCACAUUUCCAUUCUAGAUUGACAACAUGGCUUCAGAAAUAAGAGUUCCACGAAGAACAAACACUUCGAAGUUAGCUUGCGUUGAUCACCACUAAAGAGCUGUCCUUCUAAGACUUGGCUGGACACUGAGUUUAGUGUUAGGUUUGCUAGAGCCGCAGUACUCCACACUGUCCAGCUGAGGGCAGCUACUUACCAACUUAAAAGAGCUGGUGCUUCUGAAAAUGUAGGUUCUGAUACACAACAGAGCUCACUUUCUCUCCUGUGUUUUCUAUUGUCAUAAAUAAUCAUGGGAAUACAGGCAGCUCCUUUUUCCUUCAUAAUAGUUGUUUAGUUCUUUAGGAACUAAGGGAGACAACUUUAUGUUCACGUAAAGUUUUUCCCUGUGCCAGCUUCUUUAAACUCCCAUCUUCCUUCCCCACUUGCAUCAGACUUUAAAGAUCCCAUAGACUGACUGGAUCUGGGACUCUAGAUCUUAAAAGGACGCACUUUUGAACAGUGUGGCUCUACAGGUCUUUGAAGCUUUUAAGUGUAAAUGUGAGUGUAGACAGUGUUUAUUGUGCUGUCUAAUUAAUCGGUGGGCUAAGUAAAAGUUAAAUUGUAACUGACCUGUUUGGUAUGUUUUUUAUUCAAAGUGAAUGCUAAUCUCCCAGAAUAUACUGUCCUCUUUCAUUUUUGUUUUUGUUUAAGCACUGAAGUAUCAUUUAGUUUUAAAUCCUAUCUUCUCUGUAUCUGAAAGAAAUUAGAAAUGCUAGUUGUUUUCAGAGAUUAUCACUGAAAUAACAUUGUUUUAAGAAUAAAGAUCUCGGGGUUGGGGAUUUAGCUCAGUGGUAGAGCGCUUGCCUAGCAAGCACAAGGCCCUGGGUUCGGUCCCCAGCUCCGAAAAAGAGAAAAAAAAAAGAAUAAAGAUCUCAAUCUGUAUAAAAUUAUAUUGUGAUAUUAGCAAAAUAGAUAGUGAUUAUAUCUGGAGAUAGAUACAUUAGCAAAAGGGCUAAGGAGACAUAAUUCUAAGGGUUGGGACUACAUGAACAAAACAUCAGUCUUCCUCCAGAGAGUAAAGUGAGCGUCAAAGAACAGGCACAGACUGGGAGAUGAUAGCGUUUCUUCUGCAGGGUCUGGGGAGGCUGGUGGGACAUAGACACGUUUCUUCUAUCACUUGUAAACCCCCCUAGCCAUAAUAGUUUAUAGAUUUCCAGUGUCCUUAUACUGUCUUUUCUCUGUCCUAACCCUGGAUCUUUGUUGGGGACUAAUGUUGUGCACUUACUGUCAUGCAUUUUGUAGAGCAUGUCCUUGUUUAGAAGUGACAUGUGACUGUGAUCAUGUGCCCUUCACAGAUUAUUUUAUAAGAAAAUAAGUGUAUGUGUGUACCUGUAUGUGGAUGUAUUUGGGUGUCUGUGCUAUGUCCUCCCAUGCAGAAGACAGAGGAAGACACUGGAUGUCCUGUGUAGUCACCCCUUGCCUUAUUUCCUUGAGAUAUAAGGCAGUCUCUUGGAGCUAGGGUAGAGGCUAGCAAUCCCCAGGGAUCUUCCUAUCUCAGUUCCCUGCACAACAGUUACAGACUCACGGGGCCACACCCAGCUUUUUUGUGGGUGGUUACAAAGCUUCAUACUCCAGUCCUCAGGUUUGAGCAGCAAGAACUCUGACGUUAUCUAAGCCGUCUCCAUUCCUGGGGUUAAGGACUGUUGUUGUAUUCUAUUAUCAUUUAUCUUUUACACUAUCACUGUAGUUGAACACACAUAACAUAAAAAGUAAUGUUUUUACCUUCUCCAUGUAUAUUCAGUGGCAUUAAGUAUACUCAGAAUAUUGCAUAACAAUUACCACUUUCCCUCUCUAGAACUCUCCCUUUCCCCCCCUGAAACUCUGUAGCAGUUAAAUAUACUCAUCUCCACACCUUUGGGGACCACCCUUGUGCUUUCUGUCUGUGAACUGAACUGUCUCCACACACUGCAUAAGUAUUUGACUAUAUGUGGAGUUAUGUGACGCCUGUCUCUUUGUAAUGUGUGUGUUUCACUUAAUGUGAUAGCCUCAACCUUCAGUGAUGUGUCAAGACUGGAAUUGUCUUCUUGAAGGCAAAAACAGCAUUCAGCUGUGUGUGUAUAGCACUUUGCCUACUUGGGUUAUUUCCAUGUGAUUGUUGAGAAUAAUGCUGCCACAAUCAUGGUACCUCUGGUCAAGUUCCUGCUUCUAAAUCGCGUGAGUGUGUCCAGAAGUGGAAAUGCUGAGUGACCUGUUGACUUUGUGUAAAGGUUUGUGGAGCUGUCAUACCACUUUCCAGAGCAGUUACAGUGUUUCCAUUGUAUUGGGGCUUCCCUUUGUACUGCCACUGAGUUUGCAUUUUAAACCACAUUUCAAAUUUGAUAUUAGAGAGAAAGACCUGGUUUAAGAACAUAACGUCAGGAUCGGGCUAGGAAUAUUUCUCAUGUACAAACUGUCUUUUCUUUUCAUUAGUCUGCUUAUAGAGUAAGAUUGAUCAUUCCACAGUGGGAGGGGUUGUGGGAAGAAGCCAGACAAGGUGGUUUUUUACCCUUAAUCCUAGCACUUGCGAGUUAGAGGCAGGAAGAUCACCAGUUCAAGGUCAUUCCUGGCUGCAAGAUAGAGGUCAGCCUAAGUGGUCAGUUAAGGAAAUAUUUGAGAUUAUGCUGCAGCUGAUAGCUUGGUAACACUUUUAGGUAGAGUCUUCGCCUCCAUAGUUUACAUUGGGCAUUAGGGAGCUGUUGAAAGUUCUUUAAAAGUAGAUAUUAUCCCCUGGUCCUUCUCCGUGUUUUAGGAAGGGUACUGACAGAUGUGUUGGAGGAAUUAAGCACUAAGAAUGUGCUCCAUCCAACAUGUCAGCUACCUCUGUGUCAGGGCCCUCGAUAACGUGCACACACUGCCGUGGGUUCCUUAGAGCAUGUUUGUGUUGAGAAGUGAAUGCAACUGCGAUCGCUGCCUAUCAUAAUUUAUUUUAUAAAUAAUAAACAGUUUAUGUGCCUCAGUCAGUCAUGUGGCUAUUAUAAUAGAAUCAGGGACUGUUUGAGAAUUACAGAGAAACUGAGAUUGAUAAUCUCUAGUAAGAUGAUUCAAGGUUAUUAAUAGCGACAGAGAGGUGGGGUAUGUUUACUGUCUUGGUAAGCGUGAGAUAAAGAAUAGUCUGCAAGGAAAGGGGAAAAGCACCCCGACAGACACUUGGAAAGAGCACCCACGGAUACGGAUGAGGUUGGACAAGCAUGUUGUUUUUAACAUGCAUAAACACUCCUUAACUUUGAAUCAACUCAAAGCAUUCUUCAGACACUUACGGUGACAUUUGAGAAAGGAAGAUUUAAGAGAAGAUAGAGUGUUGUGUGUUUUGAAUUUUGUAGAACUCUUCACUUUCUAGGGGCACCUUGGCUGUUUAGUUGGAGUAAUCCCAGGACCCUGCAGCCCAGCCGGCCCCAUUCCUGUCUGCACUGCUCCCUUGCUGUGGGAGCUCACCAGCUGUUUGACUGGCAGGAGCAGGAGCGCUCACUUCAGGAGUUUAUAAUUCCUGGCUAUUCUAGGACAGUUUGCACUUCACCAAGCCUCAGACAGGUCAGGACACUCGCAAAGAGAAGGUUGGAAGACAAAAGCAGCAGCAGGCCUUGGGUUCUCAGCCUUUUAAAACUACUGUAAUUUUUUCAGUUUGGUGGUGAGUGUUUUAGUAAUGUGCCUGUAUUACAUGUAGAGAGUGUUCACGAACCACGAGGAGUCUAAAAUGUCAAAACCUGGAAAAGCUCCUGUGAACCAUGACUUGGUUCCUGUUGAUCUUAAAAGUGCAAAAGAGCCUCUGCCUCAUCAGACUGUGAUGAAGAUAUUUAGCAUUAGCAUCAUUGCCCAGGGCCUGCCCUUUUGUCGGAGACGGAUGAAAAGAAAGUUGGACCAUGGCUCUGAGGUCCGUUCCUUUUCUUUGGGAAAGAAACCAUGCAAAGUCUCAGAUUAUACCAGUACCACUGGGCUUGUACCAUGUUCAGCAACACCAACAACUUUUGGGGACCUGAGAGCAGCCAAUGGGCAAGGGCAGCAACGGCGGAGGAUUACAUCUGUGCAGCCGCCCACAGGCCUCCAAGAGUGGCUGAAAAUGUUUCAGAGCUGGAGUGGACCAGAGAAGUUGCUGGCCUUAGAUGAGCUCAUCGAUAGCUGUGAACCCACACAAGUGAAGCACAUGAUGCAAGUGAUCGAGCCCCAGUUCCAGCGAGACUUCAUCUCCUUGCUCCCCAAAGAGCUGGCACUCUAUGUACUUUCAUUCCUGGAACCCAAAGACCUGCUGCAAGCGGCUCAGACGUGUCGAUACUGGAGGAUUUUGGCUGAGGAUAACCUUCUCUGGAGAGAGAAAUGUAAAGAAGAGGGGAUUGAUGAACCGUUGCACAUCAAGAGAAGAAAAAUAAUAAAACCAGGUUUCAUACACAGCCCAUGGAAGAGUGCGUACAUCAGACAGCACAGAAUUGAUACAAACUGGAGGCGAGGAGAACUCAGAUCUCCUAAGGUGCUGAAAGGGCAUGAUGAUCAUGUGAUUACGUGCCUACAGUUUUGUGGUAACCGCAUAGUUAGUGGUUCUGAUGACAACACUUUAAAAGUUUGGUCAGCGGUCACGGGUAAGUGUCUGAGGACGUUAGUGGGACACACCGGUGGAGUGUGGUCUUCACAGAUGAGAGACAAUAUCAUCAUUAGUGGAUCUACUGACCGGACUCUCAAAGUGUGGAAUGCAGAGACUGGAGAGUGUAUACAUACGUUAUAUGGGCACACCUCCACUGUACGGUGUAUGCAUCUCCAUGAAAAAAGGGUUGUGAGCGGUUCUCGAGAUGCCACUCUCAGGGUUUGGGAUAUUGAGACCGGCCAGUGUUUACACGUCUUGAUGGGCCAUGUGGCAGCAGUCCGCUGUGUUCAGUAUGAUGGCAGGAGGGUUGUUAGUGGAGCAUAUGAUUUUAUGGUGAAGGUGUGGGAUCCAGAGACCGAGACCUGUCUACACACGUUACAGGGACACACUAAUAGAGUCUAUUCGUUACAGUUUGACGGCAUCCAUGUGGUGAGUGGAUCUCUUGAUACAUCAAUCCGAGUCUGGGAUGUGGAGACAGGGAAUUGCAUUCACACGCUAACAGGACACCAGUCGUUAACAAGUGGAAUGGAACUCAAAGACAAUAUUCUGGUCUCUGGGAAUGCAGAUUCUACAGUUAAAAUCUGGGAUAUCAAAACAGGACAGUGUUUACAGACAUUGCAAGGUCCCAGCAAGCAUCAGAGCGCUGUGACCUGCUUACAGUUCAACAAGAACUUUGUAAUUACCAGCUCAGACGAUGGAACGGUAAAACUCUGGGACUUGAAAACGGGUGAAUUUAUCCGAAACCUAGUCACAUUGGAGAGUGGGGGGAGCGGGGGAGUCGUGUGGCGGAUCAGGGCCUCAAACACGAAGCUGGUGUGUGCAGUUGGGAGUCGGAAUGGGACUGAGGAGACCAAGCUGCUGGUGCUGGACUUUGAUGUGGACAUGAAAUGAAAAGCAGACAAGAUGAAUUUUGUCCGACUGUGUAGACAAUAUACUCCCUGCCCUUCCCCCUCGCAACAAACAAACAAACAAACAAAAAAUGAAAAAAAAAACAGAAAAAAAAAAGAAAAAAGAAAAGAAAAAAAAAUCCCUUGUACUCAGUGGUGCAGGAUGUUGGCUUGGGACAACAGACUGAAAAGACCUACAGACUAAGGAGGUAAGAAGAAGACAAGAGACCGUAACUGACCGGAGGCGGCAGCUGUCGCAUCACCCAAAGGCCUCACUUCUGACUGAGGGGCAGCUUGGCGAAAGGAGACUCUAAACCCAACCAGGUGCAAUUGUUCUUUAUUUUCUUCUCCAGUGGUCACUGGGCAGAGCUUCAUCAGCGUUGUUACCUUCACCAAGGAGCAGUGGUGGUGAUCUCCAAACACGGGCUGGUUAUCUUCCAAUCAGAGCAUCUGCAACAAAAAGUCAUUUUUCUGAAGUGGAAAAGCUUAAAUUACUGUGAAUUGUUUGUGUACAGUUACCAUGAAGCAUUCUUUUUCUUUCCUUUUUUUUUUUCUUUUUUUUCUUUUUCCUUUUUCUUUUUUUUCUUUUUUCUUUUUCUUUUUCUUUUUUUUUUUUUUUUUUUUUUGCCAACCAUUGCCAAUGUCAAUCAAUCACAGUAUUAGCCUCUGUUAAUCUAUUUACUGUUGCUUCUAUAUACACUCUUCAAUGCAUAUGUUGCUCAAAGAUGGCAAGUUGUCCUGGGUUCUGUGAGUCCUGAGGUGGAUUUAGUUCUUGAUGCUGGUGCUAGAAGUAGGUCUUCAAAUACGGGAUCGUUGUCCCACCCCUGUACUGUACUCCCAGUGGCCAAACUUAUUUAUGCUGCUAAAUGAAAGAAAGAAAAAGCAAAUUAUUUUUUUUUUUAUUUUUUUUCUGCUGUGACGUUUUAGUCCCAGACUGAAUUCCAAAUUUGCUCUAGUUUGGUUACAGAAAAAAAAAAAAAAAAAAGACUUUUUUGCCACUGAAACUUGAGCCAUCUGUGCCUCUAAGAGGCUGAGAAUGGAAAAGUUUCAGAUAAUAAAGAGUGAAGUUUGCCUGCAAAUAAAGAAUCGAGAGUGUGUGCAAAGCUUAUUUUCUUUUAUCUGGGCAAAAAUUAAAACACAUUCCUUGGGACAGAGCCUGAGGUGCCUGUUCUGUGGAGAAACUUCUUUUUGAGGGCUGUGGUGAAUGGAUGAACAUACAUAGUAAAACUGACAAGAUAUUUUAAAGAUAUAUAUAAUACAAAACAAAAGGAAGUUGCUGGUCAGUCGUACCAUCGUACAGUAUUUGGGAAAACAACUGUUACAGUUUCAUUGCUCUGAGUGACUGACGUGAGAGGAAUUCGCUCUGCAGUGCCGCUGUCGCUCCCGUGCCAGCGCGUGGAGCGAGCGAGCGGGGUCAGAUGGUCCGCCUCAUUCACCAGGAGCCGUAACUCAAGCUGAACUGUGAAAGUGGUUAACACUGUAUCCUAGGCCGUCUUUUUUUUUCCUCCUCCUGUUUAUUUUUUUGUUUGUUUUAUUUAUAGUCUGAUUUAAAACAAUCAGAUUCCAGUUGGUUAAUUUUAGUUAUGUAACAACCUGACAAGAUGGAGGAAAACAACCUGUAAAGGGAUUGUGUCUAUGGUUUGAUUCACUUAGAAAUUUUAUUUUCUUAUAACUUAAGUGCAAUAAAAUGUGUUUUUUCAUGUUA